AUGUCCAAAACAAAUCGACAGGGUGAUAAAGUACAAUUACGCGGUUCCUCAAAAUCGCGCAAGCAACAACAACUGGACAAUGACCUAGUUUUGUCAGCUAACCCUCUUACUUCACAAAGUGAUCAGGAAUUUGAGAACAAUGCUGCGGCAAAUUUGGGCCGCGGCGGGUUCCAGCCGCGCCUUCCGACUUCGCUGCCGCCCCCAGGGCAGCAGCAGCAGCAGCCGUCGCCGCUACCACGCCGACAGCCCGUCCCGUUGAUGCCUCCCGCGCAGCUUCAUCCGGGAGCGCCCCAGGUGGUCGCUCCGGCGCCUGCGGUCCCUCUUCAGUCGCCACCGCCUUCGGAGCUGAUGGACGUCGACCCCUCAGCCGGGCCGCCUUCCCAAGCGGUGGCUGUGCAGCCUGUCCUGCAGCCGCUUUCCUUGGGCACCCCCAAGGAGUCUGACACCGCAGCGCCUUGUCCGGCGCCCACUCAGCAGCCGUCGACGCAGCGUCAGGAGACGCUGCCUCUCUUCGUGGGUCCCGACGCCCCGUCGCGUCCAUCGAGGCUGGCAGCUGAAGAUGAGUCGCCUUCAGGAAAAAACCGGCAGCAGCGCGCUAGCGCCUCGGUGCUAGGCAGCCCGCCACACGUGGGCCAGCAGAUGUUUGCGGGACGGAGCGGCGCAGCGGUGGGCGCUGGAAGGCGGGCGGGCAUUGAUUUUACAACGCGCAUGCGCCCUGCGGGUUCUGACGGCGCAAGAGAGGGCGAGGGGGCAGGGGGAGGGGGGAAGAGAGGGGAGAAGGCUGCCAGGCAAUACCGCCCCCGGCCGCCUUGCGCGCCGACAACGAUGUUUCUUCAAGAAAGGCGCGCUCCGUGGCAGCAACGGACCACGUCCGCUGAGCAGCGGAGGAACGACACGAGACCCACUUCCAGUUUCGCUUCUCGUUCAGACAACAUGUACAAACCUUGCCAGUGGUUAUGCCGCCGCUGUCAGCAACAGCAGCCUCGAUAA